UGUUGUUUUGUUACCUUUUAUAAGCGCAAGCACGCUUUGGAUGCUCAGAACGCGCUCCACAAUAUCAAAGUUCUCCCAGGGAUGCAUCAUCCCAUACAGAUGAAACCAGCUGAUACUGAGAAUAGAAAUGAGCGUAAGCUGUUUGUGGGUAUGGUAUCUAAACGGUACACAGAAGACGACAUUAAACAAAUGUUCGAAUCUUUCGGAAAUAUUGAGGAGUGCACUAUUCUAAGAGAUGACAAUGGAAUCAGUCGAGGUUGCGCAUUUGUAACCUUUACUAGCCGUAGCGUAGCUGCUGUAGCCAUCAAGGCUAUGCACCACUCCCAGACCAUGGACGGGUGCAGUUCCCCCCUUGUUGUCAAGUUUGCUGAUACACAGAAGGAGAAAGAGCAUAAGAAACUUCAGCAAUUACAAACUAGUCUGUGGAGUAUAGCUGGUACUCAACCUAGCAUUACACAGGCUUUAAUAGGAUCUCCACUGACGGUAGGACUGUCACAAAUACCACAGCUAACCCAUCAGUUGUCCCAACAGCUAGGUGCUCAGCUGUCCCCUCAGAUGUCCCAUCAGCUGUCUCCACAGCUGUCACAACAGCUUUUACCUCAGUCCCAUUUAUCCCAGCUCAUACUACCUUAUCCAGACUCUUUUAACAGUUCAUACUCUCCAAUCAACGGUCAGCUAAACGGCCAGCUUAACGGUCAACUGCAGCCCAAUCAGUUGAACAACCAGCUUAACAACCAGCUAAACAACCACUUAAACGGACAGUUAAACAGCCAACUCAACGGUCAGUUAAACAGUCAACUUAACAGCCAGCUGAGUGGUCAGAUGAACGGACAACUUGGAGGUCAACUUGGAGGUCAGUUAAGCGGUCAGUUAACCGGCCAACUGAACAACCAGUUAACCGGCCAACUAAGCUUGGCUCAACAUCAGUUGUCUUCAUAUGGAUUCCCCUAUGGUCUAUCAACUUUAGGAUAUCCUUGCAGUUCAUUACUUCCUCAACUGUCUUCAGUUCAGCAAAUACAAGGACUCCAGAGCCAUCUAGGGGGACUCCCAGCACUUACACAUUCCCAACUACAGAGCCUACAGGAUAUGAUUGUUACUUCCCUCCCAUCUGACGUGAGACUCCUCUCUUCUAUUCCUGUCACAUCCAGCGGAUCUGCAUCAAAUGAGGUUGGUGGUGGAAAGAUAGAGUUAGUAUCUAAGAACCCUGAGUCUAGGAGCCUGGAGUUAAAGACUCAUGAAGGUCCUGAUGGAGCAAACCUUUUUAUCUAUCAUCUUCCACCAGAAUUUACAGAUUCGGAUCUACUUGACACAUUCCAGCCCUUUGGUACUGUCAUAUCAGCAAAAGUGUUUGUUGACAAACAGACAAACCUCUCGAAAUGCUUUGGUUUUGUAUCAUUUACAACCAGUGAUAGUGCGCAUAGUGCAAUUCAGGCUAUGAACGGGUUUCAAGUUGGCACUAAAAGAUUAAAAGUUCAAUUAAAGAGAUCUAAGGACUUGGGAAAACCAUAUUAAAUACUGAAGAUAAAAGUGACAAAAUUGCAUUUGCAGCGACUGAAAGAGAAAAUAUAGACAGCGAAAUAGAUUUCUCUUUUUAAUAUUUAAUAAUCAUGAAAAUAAGCAGAAAACAUUUCUAAUCUUUCAUGUUGAUUAAACUGACCAGAAUAUCGAAUUAAACAGGGUAUUAUUAUAUUGAACAUAGAUCGGAGAUGUUAAGAUUCAUAAAUAUUUUAAAUAUUCUUACAUUUCAAUGGAAAUAUGUAAGAUAAUAGAAUUUAACAUUUGAUUUUUUGAUUGUUAUCUUAAACUUGAUUAUCUUAUUUUAAGAUAAUACCUUUCAUAUUUGCCUUCUUUCUCUACUUCCAUAAUUACUAUUCUUAAUUUUGAAGGAUAAACUUUUUAAUUAAUCUUCAAAAUCUGAAGUUUUUAUUUUUUUAUCAAUUUUUACGGUUAUCAAUCACCUAACAUUGAAAUUGAAAGAUUUGUCAAAAUAAUGCUUAAGAACUCUUAAAUUCAGACGAUCUUAAAAAAUAAAAAAGGUCUGUUCUU